AUAAAUAUUAUUUGUUAUCUUCAUUACAAUUGUGAUAAAAAGUAAUAAAUAUCAAUCUCAGUUCUAGAUUGUGACAAAGAUAUUAUUUAUUUAAAUUUAAAAACUAUUAUACUUGUCACAACUUGAGAUUACAAUAUUUUAUAAAAAGGAGUUUUUAGGAAGUCAUGAAACCGUAGGAAGAUUUCGUUUAUUCAAGCCUUUUCCAAAUAUGUUUUGAAAUAACCGAGUCCUCUGUCCGCAAUUUCAAGAAUGCUCAACCAUGUCGGAAGUUGCUCAAGAUUUCUCUCCUUUUCUUCGACUAUACAAAGAUGGUCACAUAGAGAGACUUAUGGGAGUAGAUAUCGUCCCUCCUGUUGAUCCCAAUUCCAAUGUCAUGUCCAGAGAUGUCGUCUAUUCACCUGCGCUAGAUCUAUCUUGUAGACUUUACCUUCCAAAAAACACAGAUCCGAACCAAAAACUGCCCCUCCUAGUUUACUUUCACGGUGGAGGCUUUCUGAUAGAAACUGCCUUCUCUUCUACUUACCAUAAUUACCUUAAUACCUUAGUAGCCGAGGCUAAUGUUAUAGGAGUCUCCGUAGACUACCGAAGAGCACCUGAGCAUCCUCUUCCUGCAGCAUACGAUGAUUCAUGGACAGCCCUCAAAUGGGUUGCAUCUCAUGUUAAUGGAGAUGGGCCUGAGGAGUGGCUAAACUCUCAUGCUGAUUUUAGCAAGGUGUUUUUUAAUGGGGAUAGCGCCGGUGCUAAUAUAUCACACCAGAUGGCCAUGAGACACGGUCAAGAGAAACUAGUUGGUGUUAAUGUUGCUGGGAUUGUUUUGGCACAUCCAUACUUCUGGGGUAAGGAUCCUAUUGGUAAUGAGCCCAGGGAAUCAUCACAAAGAGCAUUUGCUGAAGGUCUGUGGCGUCUGGCAUGCCCUACAUCAAAUGGGUGCGAUGACCUCCUACUUAAUCCACUUGUCGAUCCAAACUUGGCUGGGCUGGAGUGCUCCAAGGUGCUUGUUGCUGUCGCUGAAAAGGAUCUGCUGAGAGAUAGGGGGUGGCACUACUAUGAAAAGUUGAGGGAGAAUGGAUGGAGUGGAGAAGUGGAGAUCAUGGAGGCCAAAGGAGAGAGUCAUGUGUUCCAUCUUCUCUCUCCUCCUGGAGAGAACGCUAGGCUUAUGCUUAAAAAAAUCUCUUCUUUCCUGAAUCAGGACAAGGCCUAGGAUCUGGGGAGAGUUUCUCUCAGAUAUUUUCAACUCUCAUUCAUGGCGACGUGGACGGAUAUCUGGGAGGUGGAUGAUGAUAGAUGCCGUGUUGGGUUUUAUAUAACUUGAGUUUAAUUAUCCCUUGAUCCGGGUUAGUAUAGUACUACUAUCUUCGUAACCAUGGGUUUAAUUCCAACGCAUUUCCAAUAAAAAAAAUGCUAUUUUAAAUAGAUAAAUUGAUAAAAUAGUAUUUUGAACAGUAUAAGUAUAGUUUUUUUUUAUCAUGCAUAUUUCAAUGAAAAAAACCCUUUUGAAAAGCUAAUUCUAUUAGAGUGGAAUAAAUAAGUGUUUUAUUUUUUUAAUGAUUUUGACAUGGCUAAAUUUAAUUGGCUUAUUCUUUUGUUAACUCCACUUUAUUAGUUUUGGUUCUUUUGAGAGAUAUGUAGAAAUAGUAUUUAUGAGAAAGGAAAGGUAUUUUAAUAUUUUGUUUGGCUUUCUCCUUGAAGUAUGAAAAACAAGUAAAGAAAAGCUAAAAUAUUAAUUUUUUUAUUUUUGGCUAUCUAUUUAGCUUCUCUAUUGGAGAUGUUCUUACACGCUGUUAUUGUUGCUGUUGUGUUGUAUGUUUUUUUUAAUGAGAAACAUAUUAAAAUAAAUUUUUUAAAAUAAAUUUUUUUAAUAUUAAUGUAUUAAAAUUAUCUAAAAAUAAAAAUAAAAAAGUAGCAAAAUAAUGGUUGAACUGCCACGUCACAUCAAACAUAAUUGUUUACCGGAGGGUCAUCCAUUAUCUUGCAAAUUUAGGGCUUCCGAAUUAGAUGCAGUUUAUUGAUUAUCUUGCAAAUUUAGGGCUUCCGAAUAUAAAGAGUAAAAUGAUUAAUUAAUACUGUUUUUAUUUUUAUGUUUUAAAAGUAUUUUAAAAAAAAAUUAAUUUUUUUACUUUAUUUUUUUUUAAUAUUUUAAAAUCAUUUUUAUAUGCUAAUAUUAAAAAUUAUUUUUAAAAAAUAAUAAUAAAAUAUAUUUUUAAUAUAUUUUUAAAUAAAAAUAUUUUAAAAAACAAUCAUAACACAUACACAGUAUCAAAACCCAAAAUCUGCAAGAUGAGCUUUGUAUCAUCAAGCAAUUAGGUAAGGUAACCGUGACGAUAGUGGAUCUAUCCAUUUCCUUUGUCUCUGAUUUAUUGCUUUUACUAGAUGAAAUUCACUCAACAAUCCAGUCAAUUUUUCCCCGUAUCUAAAGAAUUUAGGAUCAUGAUCAAUUAAAUGACUUAUUCAUAAAUUUUGUAAUAUCUACCAACUCAAUUUAGAUUUUGUAAGAAAAAAAUAUUUUAAGUCACUUGUAUUUUGAAAGAUAAAGCCAUGGAUAUUUAGGCAUAAUCUACUCUUUUUCUUGUAAAUCUUUCUUAUAUAUGUAUACUUUUAAGAAUAAAAUAAUCAUUUUAAAAUUUGUUACUUUAAAUUUCUAAUUAAAUGCUCAAAACACGUUAAUUUUUUGUAUCUACAGAAUAUAAUAAACAUAAGAAAAAGUGGAGCUAGAAUACCCUCAUUAGCAGAAGAAUAUAAUAAAGUGUCGUCCUUUUUUUGUGGAUGUGCAUUGUGUAGGUACUCGUCUGCAAUCAUUUCUUUUGAUAGUCGGAAUCAGAUUCUCAACUAGGACUGUCAAUUCCGCUCCAUUCCGAUGACAGCGGUCGGAAUAUCCCCCACCGUUGCUAUCUUGCUAGCAAUCUAGGGCCAUCUCCGGAGUUUUUCCGCUGACCAGAAUGUCUUUGAUAUUUCAUAAAGAUCUGGUUCCUUGAGGAUGUCGUUGAAGAUGGCAUUUUUAAAGGGCAACGUUAAUGGUUUUAAAUGCUCAUGACUGUUCCCAACCUUCUAAUAUUCAAACGCUUUUAAAUUUGUAAAUAUUAUUUUGAAUUAAAUAAAAUACUGGUAGUGUAUUUUAUUGUA